UUAAUUUAUAUAGGGAUACCUUAUCUUUUUGCUUGGCCAAAAAAUAUCCUUUCUCUUUAAGCUUUUGAAUCAACAAGAGGGCGCCAACUUAUACAGAACCAGUUAUGGCUUCCACUUCAGUUUCCUCUUCAAUAAGUCUGCAAAGCAAUGCGCAAAACCCGAGCUUCCCAUCAAACACAACUACGAAAGUAUUCCUAAACAACUUAAUAAAGUUGUCUUCCUUUUCAUCUCCUUUAUCUAAAACCAUCAUUGUAAAAUCUUCAAGCACUGCCAAGUACAAUGAAGUUGUGGUGGAUGAAGAUAUGGACAGAAUCAGGAGACUCCAGAAUGGUUCGGAUGUUCGUGGGGUGGCGUUGAAAGGCGAAAAGGGCAGGACGGUUGAUCUAACACCGCCUGCUGUGGAUGCUAUCGCUGAGAGUUUCGGUGAGUGGGUUAUCCAUGGCUUGGAGAAGGAGAAAGGACAUCCUGUGGAGAAUGUCAGGGUAUCCCUUGGCAAAGACCCUCGGAUUUCUGGAGCAUCUUUGAGUGUAGCAGUGUUUGCUGGUCUUGCUCGUGCCGGUUGUUUGGCCUUUGACAUGGGACUUGCAACCACACCAGCUUGUUUCAUGAGCACAAUAUUGCCUCCAUUUGCCUAUGAUGCUUCUAUUAUGAUGACAGCAUCUCACUUGCCCUAUACAAGAAAUGGUCUGAAAUUUUUUACUAAGAAAGGAGGACUUACUUCACCGGAUGUGGAGGAGAUUUGUGAUAAAGCAGCCAGAAAGUAUGCAAACCGGCUUGCAAAAGUGUCAACCAUGCUCUCUGCUCUUCCAACAAAAGUUGAUUUCAUGAGCACUUAUGCAAACCACCUCCGGGACAUAAUCAAGAAGAGGGUCAACCAUCCAUCACAUUAUGAUACUCCUCUCCAAGGAUUUCAGAUAGUAGUAAAUGCUGGAAAUGGAUCUGGAGGCUUCUUCACAUGGGAUGUCUUAGACAAGCUUGGAGCAGACACAUUUGGGUCUCUGCAUCUCAACCCAGAUGGCAUGUUCCCCAACCACAUUCCCAACCCAGAGGACAAAACUGCCAUGGCACUCACCAGAGCUGCCGUGCUAGAAAACUCUGCUGAUCUCGGAAUUGUUUUUGAUACCGACGUUGAUCGAAGUGGUGUCGUAGAUAACAAAGGAAAACCCAUUAAUGGUGAUAAACUCAUUGCUCUUAUGUCUGCUAUUGUGUUGAGGGAACACCCUGGAACAACUAUUGUCACUGAUGCUAGAACUAGUAUGGCACUCACAAGAUUCAUCACUAGCAGAGGAGGUCACCAUUGCUUGUAUCGUGUUGGGUAUCGGAAUGUCAUUGAUAAAGGUGUCAAGCUGAAUGAAAAUGGCAUUGAAGCUCCCCUCAUGAUGGAAACAACAGGGCAUGGUGCUCUCAAAGAGAAUUAUUUCCUUGAUGAUGGAGCUUACAUGGUGGUAAAAAUCAUCAUUGAAAUGGUAAGGAUGAAGCUUUCAGGAUCAGAUGAAGGUAUUGGUAGCCUCAUAAAUGAUCUUGAAGAACCAAUAGAAUCUAUUGAGCUAAGGAUGAACAUAGUCUCCGAACCGAGACAUGCCAAGGCAAGAGGAGUUGAGGCAAUCGAAACAUUUCGUAACUACGUUGAGGAAGGGAAACUUGAAGGGUGGGAACUGGACACCUGUGGAGAUUGUUGGGUGAGUGAAGGCUGCCUUGUUGAUUUAGAUGAUACCCCGGCUACCAUUGAUGCUCACAUGUAUAGAGCAAAGGUUUCGGAUGAGGAACACGGACAACAUGGUUGGGUACACAUCAGGCAGAGCAUUCACAACCCAAAUAUAGCGGUAAAUAUGCAGUCAUCUGUGCCUGGCGGUUGCCUAACAAUGACAAGAGCUCUCAGGGACAAAUUUCUAUUGCCUAGUGGUGUGGAUAGAAUUCUUGACAUUAGCCAGAUCGAUAAGUAUGGAAAAAGUGGACGACUAGCCUGAACUACAAAUCAAUGGGGAGUAGAUAUGAACCUUUAUAUGCAUGUAGAUAUAGAUUAUCAUAUUUCAUAUAAUUCAUAGAAUUCCACGUAUAGUGUACAGCCACGUAUAAAACUUAUUUUCCUACUCAUUGAGGAGAUGUAAUUAAAAUAAAAUGAAACCACUGUAUACCAUAUUCCGAGGUUUCAGAUACCAUUGAAAACAAUGAAAGAAGAAAAUGAAGUAGUUUAGUUAUGGCAGGUAGUUCCUCUGCUAGAGUCCUGAUUGGAACUACGGCAUUUUCAUGGUUUUCAUGGUUUCCUUUUAACAUAUAAUCCUCGUGGAUUCUCAUAAAAGAUGUGUUAUUCA